AUGUCAUACCAGUAUACCGUCACUGAGCGGAGGAAGCGCACCUCGAAUUCAGGUGGCUAUGGACAUUCUGGCAAUAGAUCCGCUUUUGGGUACUGGAUUCCUCUCACCUUGACUGUCACUGCAGCGGCCAUUGGUGUUGCUGCAUGGAUUUGGAGCGAAAGACGCGAUGACGAAGUGGAAUCCAGUGAGGAUGAGCAUUACCCUGGUGGCAUUCCGCCUCCAGGCUAUUCAAACAUGAGUGGUGCUCUCCCUCCUCAAGCGCAGCCUUUUCCAGGUGGGUUUCAAGGUCCUGGACCUGGACCACAGCAACCUGGUGGGUUUGGGGGUCCCAGCGGACCUCCUCCCGGGGCAUUUCAGGGACCUCCUCCCACCGGCCCGCUUGAUGCAAGCGGCGAGUAUCGUUCAGUGCGAUCUACAGCUAUAGACCAGCAAGAGGAGUCAGGCUUGGUGGCUCGAGUCUCCAGCGCGUUUGGAUUUGGCCGCUCCACAAGCCCUGUUCCUCCCAACGACUGGGCUAGCAAGACUAUUGCAGCUGGUGCGGCAGGGGUUGCUGCUGCCGGUGCCAUGGUUGGCGGUGCUAUCAGCUCAUUGACCGGCGGCAGUGGCGGUUACGAAGACCAUGAACGAUGGAGUGAAGAGGCAGAGCAAAGAGACAAUGACCGAGAGAUCACUCACGGAAUUAAAAGGCGUGGUACGGCAGAGGAGUUUUUCUCAGGCGCGGUUGGCUUGCCCAAGUCUGCUUCGGUCCUUCAACGCAAGCGCAAGACUGUAGCCAUUGUUGUCUCGGCGGUCGAAGAGACGCCUGAUAGCGAGGUGGAUGUCGGAGGGCAUGCUUCAAUUCUUGCACAUCUUCCCGACUUCGUCGACCCUGAUACUACAAGGGUCUUCAUUUUGAUCUACACGCCAGAUCUCAAGGCUCAUCCCCUGAGUCCCGUCGCAACCCGAGGGAUUUCGCAGUCGAUGGCUUCGUCAUUCUCCAACAUAAGCCAUCACGAUGCUCAGACACCCUCUCAGACGCCGGGUGAUUUCCCUGCCGACGGCAUCUUAUCUCAGGUAGAGCCAAAUCCAAUUGAUGAGACUACGACUUUGUACAAAACGCUCCACAAUCAAGCCAUGGCGAUUGUGGACAAAGAUAGCAUGAUCAUGCCCUUUACUUCGCCCAGUGGUCACAAACAUCUUUUGCGCAGCUUAGCGCCUGAAGUUGUUUAUAUACAAGAGUCCCUGUGUGGGAGGGAUGGUGAAAUAGUGGCUGAUCUGUCUGGCUGGGUUCGACAGACGGUUGUAGUUAUUGGGGACGAGGGUGGUCACGGCGGGCUGAUCGAUACUGAUGACGAGUCCACCACGAAAAGAAGUGAGACGUGGUGGCAGAGGGAGGAGCGAACAGGGCUGGGCAAGCGAGUCACAGUGGUUGAAAGUUUGAAGAUUGGAGAGGAUUGGCAGAGGAGGGUUAACGAGCGAGAUUGA